GGAUGUGUCAGAGCCCAAACGGUAGCAUUUUGCGCUGUCGGCGACGAGAAUAAGAAAACCAACAAGGACAUUGACGAGUUCCAGACUGCCACAAAGUACACAGACUUGUAAGACAUGGCUCUUCUUCAGCUGCUUAGAGGAGCGGUUCUCCUGAGUACUCUGCUUCUGGUUUUGACAAAUUUUGGAAAAGCUUCUUCCGAUCACGUUGCAAAGUAUCAGAAUUAUGAGGAAAGUGUCGAUUCAGGAUCAGAUUUUCCCAUUCGAUCUCGACGAGAGGCCACACUGAGGCGCCAGAAAAGAAGAUGGAGUCCACUCCCUUUCACAGUCACCGAAAAUGAUAUUGGACCUUAUCCUAAAUUUCUUCAAACUAUAAGAUCAGACAAAGAACUGGGAUAUACGUUAAAGUACUUUCUAAGUGGCGAAGGUGUCGACCUUAACCCGACUGGUUUGUUCAUUAUAGAUCCCGAUACUGGUGGUAUAUCAAUCACAAGAGCUGUGGAUCGUGAGACAUAUCCCAUAUUCAAAAUGAUUGGCAACGCAAGGACAUUGGAAGGAUUUACUCCAGAAAUGCCUCUGGAUAUCACUGUGAAAGUGAUUGAUGAAAAUGAUAACAAACCUGAGUUUACCCAAAAAGAGUUACAAGCCUAUGUACCAGAACUCUCAGCACCUGGAACAUGGGUGGCGAACCUUACAGCUACCGAUAAAGAUGAGGCAAACACUCAGGCUACUCUGCUACGUUACAAGAUACUGGGGCCAGGAGCAGUAUCUAAUUUAUUUGCUGUUGACGCAUCAACUGGUGUACUCACUACUAAAAGAAAUAUUCUACGUCGAUCGGACAAGGACACCUACACCAUUAAAGUUGAAGUUAGAGACUCGGGCGGAAAGCACUAUGGACUAGCUUCAACCGGUCAUGUUAUUGUGCAUGUCACUGAUGUGAAUAAUCAUCUACCAACAUUUGCAGUCUCGAAGUACACUGUGGAUGUCUUAGAAAACGUGAAUAAUGUGGAGCUUCUGAAAAUACCGGUCGAAGACCAAGACGAGCCAAACACAAAUGCUAGCAGAGCGGUGUUCACCAUCACAAAGGGGAACGAGAAUAACCAUUUCAAAAUAGUCACGGACCCCAAAACAAAUGAAGGAAUCUUGUCUGUGGUGAAGCCACUGGAUGCCGAGGAAGCGAAGGUGAGGGUGCUGGAGGUUGAAGUGGCAAAUGAAGCGCCCCUGGUCGGAGACCCUGUCAAACUUAACAGUGCGGAAGUGACGGUCAAUGUGGGGAACGUAGACGAGGGACCCGAGUUUGUUCCUGCAGUCGAAUACCUUUCGGCCAAAGAAGAUGUGGCAAUUGGAUCAAGUAUAGGAUCUUAUACAGCAAAAGAUCCUGACACUCAGAGCAGCGCUGGCAUCAGGUACCAAAUAUUGUCUGACCCCGCAAAAUGGGUAGCCAUUGAUGGGAACACGGGCAAACUCUCCACCAUUGCCUUGAUGGAUCGAGAAUCUUCGUUUGUGACGAACAAUAAAUAUAAUGUCACUGUGCUGGCUAUAGACAAUGCUACACCUUCGAAGACUGGAACUGGAACUGUCGUCAUAAACUUGAAUGACGUCAAUGACCACAUUCCAGUUAUUGAGGAAGGUGACUGGCACAUUUGUCAAAAUGGAAACCAGAAGUAUGUUAAGAUUUCAGCUGUGGAUCUUGAUGUGUCCCCUAAUUCUGCACCAUUUAGAUUUCUCCUGCCAGAUAUUGACAUAAAAGAGAAAUGGACGUUUACAAAGACUGAUGCAACCUAUGCCUAUCUGGCACCCAAAAUAAAUCUCCCAAAUGGUUAUUACGAAGUUCCUGUCGUUAUUCAGGAUCAGCAGAAUCAAGGCACACAAAAUACAGUGAAGGUUGUAAUAUGUGAUUGCCCUGACGGUUUAAACUGUGCGGGUAGAUCUGGAAGUAGAUCCACAAGACUAGGUGGAUGGGGAAUUCUUGCACUGUUGCUUGGUGCCUUGUUGCUCCUUUGUUUACUUCUGGCAGCAUUGGCCUGCUUUUUCAAAAACAAAGAUCAAAUAAUUACCAACGGCAAUUCGGACACCAAAUAUCAUCAAAGCCUCAUUGUAACUAAUGAAGAAGGUGGUGGCCAGCAAGACAAGGACAUGGGAACCCUAAGCCGUCCUAUCUUCAUGCAAGGUCAAAUGCCUAGCAGGGAAUACGACUUUCAAUCUACACAAAAGUCUGCAAUUUACGCCCAAAACGAUGCAAUCAAAGGUGGAGCAAUCCCCUUCAACAACGGCGAAAUGAUGAAUUUAUUCCAGAAUGGAUAUGGCUAUGAAGAAGGGAUGAAUGAGCAGUAUACAGGAACUAUGCUAUCCCAGGAAUCUAUGGCGAAUAUGAACUGUUCAGGAACCUUACGUUCCCAGAAUGGAAUAGGCAAUUCUCAUUCAAUAAGGGAAUACGACACGUCGAAUCGGAGAAGUAGCGCAGCCCUAAUAGAGUUGUUACGAACCCGUAUUGAUCAGGUGUAUGAAGAGGAAGAGCAAGAAGAAAAUUAUUUAAAAGAACAUGAAUUUGAGACAGCUGGAUCGCUGACUGGCUUCAGUGAUGGAAAAUAACUCCCAUGAUUUGAACUAUUUGAAUAAUUCAUGAUCAAAGUUCGGCAGAAGUUUGCACGAAAUGAAAGCAAACUCGUGAAAUGAAACUUAUUUUUCAGACCGGAUAAAGUACGGUUAAAGCUCUCUCGCUUAUGGACUGGAACUAAUCUUUCUAAGCUUCGUAAAGAUAUCCAUUCACAGUUGGGAAUAUUGUAAAUAUUAUUAGGAUAAAUUGAAUUGGCUGGUAGCAUAAAUCUUGGGAAGGAUUAUGGACAAAUGCAAUGAGUUUUUUUUAAAAAGAAAAUAUUGUGUGCAUUUUUACCCUGUCAAAAUUCUGCAAUUUAAAAAAAAAUACAUAUAUGUCACACUUUCACCCACAAAAUAUACGGUCAAUUCACUUUACAGUAUAUUCUGUGAAGCGCUUUGAGACGUCUUGAAGACGUGAUAAGGCGCUGUAUCAAAUACAAGUAUUAUUUUUGUUUUUUGUAAAGGGCUUGUGGGGGUGUGUGUACGUGUUUGUGUGUAUGUGUGUGUAUAUAUAUAUAUAUAUGGUCAGCUGGUUGCAUAUCUGACACUUGCAGAUAUCCAGCAUCGUGCUUAAUAGUAUCCAAACUGAGAAUUCCACACAUUAAAAUUCCUUUGUCCACAAAUGAGCACUCUCUCCCCGUGGGUAAGGAUGCACCCAGUUCCUGAGAGUAUUAGGCACAGAUUUGGAAGAGUCCAGUCUUGAGGAUUCAAGAGUGUAUGUUUGGCUACUGCACGUUUAAUUCGCUAACAACCAUGAGGGUUGCCAGUUAAUUGUGUUAUAAAUACCGGCUGUAGCAUUCUGUUAGCUUACUGCUUGUAAUUAUUAACGUUGCACUUUACGCACAUACCAAACGAGCAGUACAUUCAUUGCUUGCGUAUUGCAUUCAUAGCUAUGGAUUUACCGCUUGCUGGGGGUGGGGGGGUUUGUAUUGUGUUUUGUUCACAAAAUGUCAAAGAUUGCAGCCCGUCUAUUAU